AUGUCUGAAAAUACUGAAGUAGCUGACCUUAUUAAAAAGCGCAGCAAUUAUACAGGUAUACUCACAGCAGUCGUAAGAUCAAUGAAAUUGUCCUCCGGCGGAGACUCUUACGAAAUAGAAACAAUAGAAAAUCAUCCAGAUUACGACCCAAAAACCAUAAAACACGAUAUUUCCUUACUAAAAGUGAAAGGCACCAUAAAAUUCGGCGAUAAUGUGCAAACGAUAGAACUACCUUCCAGUGACAUUGGUGUUGGAGAGGUGUGCACUGUCACCGGAUGGGGGAGACUCGGGUGGGCCUCUAGUGAAAUACAAAAAGCAGGUGGGUAUCAUCUCUUGGGGUGCUCCGUGCGCUGUGGGCGUUCCUCACGUUUUCACGAGAGUAUAUACGUGGACUGGAUUAAGAAGAACAUUGGAAAGUAG